AUGUCUCUUCUCUCAUUUCAGGCUGCCCGUCCGCCGCCCGUUGGCUCGGGCGUGUUUGCGGCACUUGCUGUUGUUUCGAUAUUCUGCCUUGUCUUGCUCCUGCUGCGACACUAUCUCCCCCUGCGCAAUACACCCGCCUACCUGACCCUUCCAAUAUUCCUCGCGCUUGCGCUUCCGGCUAGCGUCAUUCUUCUAGUUCCCAUCGACCUCACUUCAAGUACUGCGGGCAACUCUCCGUCCGGAAUAUGGUUUCCGGCCCGUGUAAUGCUUGUCUCGUGGAGGAUAACAUACUGGCUUACUUUUGUCCUCACAUGGUUCGUCUCUGCGUUGCUUGAGAUCUUCGCAACUAGAGCGCUAACCCAGACCAUCUACAAUGGCUUCCAUUUCAGCUCUCUCAAGAGCUUGGUUAUGGCGUUGGCAUAUGUCUGGGGCUUGGUUUUGGCUAUAUAUCUCAUGGGCCACGGCCUGGUAGCUAUACCCAGGGGUCUCUGGCGAAAUGCAAGACCGGGGACCAAAUUACGACGCCUCCAGUCUCGCGCUCCACUAAUAUAUGAUCGUCUCAUUGACGCUAAAUCUAAUCUUGAGAAUAUUGGAGCGCAGAUAAGCCAACUGCAAAGGCGAAAGGCGACCGUACCACCAGACCUAAGAGACUGGAUAGAAGAGUUAGCGGAAGGUGCCAGUUUCCCGGUUUCGAGGCCUUCACAGUUUGUUGAAACCGAUACCUCGCGGUCGACGGGCCCGGUUGUUAUUACGGAGAGAUACCUAGCGGAGCUUACAAGGAAUCUAAACCACGCCCACCACAAAAAUGCUCGCUUCACCGAUGCUUGGAGUCGCCUGGUUCAAGAAGCCGCAGACUGUCAAGCCAUUAUCGACUCCUCAACAUCAAAGCACCUUGAAUUCAGCCGUCUCACGGCCCAUUCCUCCUUUACUCGCCGCCGUUCGUUUCUAUCUCCCUACCUUCGACACGUCCUCCAUUUUCAUGUUCUUCCGAUAUUCCAUCUUAUCUGUUCCGGCCUCUUCUCGCUCGCAUCUGUGUGCAUUAUAUGGUCGGAAUUAGUUAAAUCAUUCGCACCUAGUAUAUCCAUCGUCGGUUUAAGCGUCACCCAUGUUUAUCAUGGUGCAGCCUCUGUUACUUUUCUCGGCCAGGUGGUAGCAUCCGGGUGGAUGCUUUACAUGUGCUCUGCAGCUUUUGCCGGUGUGAGCGAUACAAAAGUAUGGAGAAAUCGUGCCCUUGUACGACGAAACACUCACGGUGAAAGUGCAUGCUGGUAUGCAGGCUUGAUUGCCCGGCUUACGGUCCCAUUGGCCUACAACUUCCUUACUCUUCUUGCUCGAGAUGUUCAGCAUAAGACUAGUUUUUACGGCUUCCUUGGCCGCUUCAUUGAUUUAACCCCCUUGGGAAAGGGUUUCGACUAUUUCUUUCCAAUCUUGAUCUUGGUUCCCGUCGGCGCCACUCUAUUCAACAUGUAUGGCAAGGUUAAAAGCGCGUUUGGUUUUGGCCUGCUCGAGGGCGACGAUGGCUCCGCAGAUGAUCCAAGUGGUAUCGGUAUCGGUACGUGGCGUGAAGGUCGUGACUUGAUCAAUCAGGAGCUGAGCGGCCCGGGGUUUCUGGGGCUCUCUUCUCGAUCAGCCGCUGGCAACAACUCCUUGACGGAAUCGGAUACAUCUGCCACCUCGGUCCCACGACGAGGCCCUACGCUCCGAUCGUCGCAAGCGGCUAGUCUACCUCGCUACGAGCAUUCGACUGCAAAUAGGGGGGUGAACGUAUCCAGUCUGGCGUCAGACGACGAAGACGAUGAGAGUCCUUUCCAGUCUUUUGUCCAUAGGGUUAAGAAUACGUUUGAAACCACGGAGACACCAAGCCUGCAGGCGACCAGAAACAGAACCACCGCCUUUGUCCCCGAAUUCAACACCCUCCACCUCCAUGGCUUGCUGACCUCUGCCUGCCCCGAAGGUGAACUCCAUCUUGGUCCUCGCGUGCCCUCGUCGAAAACCAAAUCUAUGACAGUGGCCCUGCUGCCCGCCGUACGUGCGAGUGCUGCUUCGUACUGGGACUCUCUGCUGUCAUCCCUGCCCCCCCGCCUGCACGACUCCCUGCUGGACCUCGAGGCCACAACCUCCCAGUCCAUCGCCGUCCUCUCGUCCCGCGUCGCCCGUUUCGCUCCAGCGUCCGCAUUCCAACUGCCACCGUUCCCGUUCGACACAUCCUUUGUUCUCGCCGCCACUGCCUUUGCCGUUCUCUUGGCCCUUUUGACGAUGGCCGGUUUCCGACGACACAAUGUGCGGAGAGACCCUUUCCCGACUGGUGGGUUCAGAAUCCCCACAGAGGAAGAGCUGGCGGAUAGGUUUUUUCAGGGACACAGGAAGUCGUUUCUAGACGAGAUUCAGAGGACAAAGAGGUUUUUUGAGGACGAUGAUCGGGAGCCGGAUGUGUUGAGAUUGAGGCAUCAUUCGACGUCUUACUUGCUUCAAUUCCCUGCGUUUGCAAUUGGUGAUGGCAUUUUAACGGUGGGAGACGUUCGCAGGGCGGCGGGUAAUGCAUUGGACGUCACCAAACUGAGGCGGAUUAAAUUACUCUACAAGGGUCGAUUGCUGAAAAAUGACAAUGCCACUGCCAAAAGUGUGGGGUUGAAGCAGAAUUCCCUGAUAAUGUGUGUGGUGUCGGAGGAUUUUGGAGACGACGACGACUCCACCAGCGAGUCUGAAGUCAGCGAGUUCUCUCCGUACCGUCAGGCGUACGCGGAGCUGCGAGAGCGCCAGCGCAGUCCGCCCAGACGGCGGAGGACACGCUCCCGACGGAAGAGCCCGCGAGUCGAGAGGCGCCGUGGGGAUGAAAGCGACUCUAGCGUGCACGCGGAACCGCCACGACGACGGUCCCAGUCCCGGCGGCCUCGCCCACGGGCGACUUCAAAUGCUCCGCCGAGGAGGGAGCAGCGACCACCCUCUCCGCAGCCUGCACCCCCGCCGCCCGCUCCGGCACGCACAACCCGGAUGCCAACGCCAUCUCCAGCGCUCAAUGCCUCUCAAAACGCCCAGGAGAAGCUCAGGAUCCUCGAUGAUUACACGGAUACCGUCCUUGAGCCGCUCUGCCUGCAAUUUGUCAAGUAUCCAUCGGGCGAUCAGAAAAGCAGGGAGAUGGAGCACAAGCGCCUGGGCGAGACCGCAAUGACCCAGGUCCUGCUAAAGGCCGAUGGGGUUGACGUGACUGGCGACUCUGCCGCUCGACAGCAGAGAAAGGCCCUCAUCAACAAGGUCCAGCUGCUUCUGAAGCGAGUUGAUGAUGCCGCCAAUCUUUGA